GUGCAGUACUGUAUGUUGGCAUUAUGCCGUGAUCGCGUCCAUUGAUGUGCACACCGCACACAGACACAGACACAGACACAGACAGGCCGGCAGCCAGUCCAUUUGUGAGCCGCUCCCUUACAGUCCAGCUGGCCAGCAAGCUAUCCACACACUCAUGCACACACAUAUACACAUACACACCCACCCAUGUGAUUGAUGUGCACACAACACAGAACACACAAACGAAGUCAGCAAGGAAUUGUAUUCCAUCCAUCCAUCCAUCAGCAGGUCGGCUGGCUGGCUCGUUAGUCGGUCCUGAGCUUGGUGCCGCUGUCACUCUGCAGCGCCUUGCUGUGCGCGGCUUGUCCCUGCUGAGCCAGCAUCGGACACAGCUUCUUGUGGCGAGACCAAUCCAACACCUGCACACAACCACACACACAGCCACCCACAUGGACACGUGUACACGUGCGUAGGUAAGUGUGCGUGUGUGUUCGGGUGAGGGGAGACAGGCACACCUGGCAUUCGCGAGAGCAGUAGAACUCCCUGCGGCACUUGGAGCAACGCUUCUCGGCCUGCACACACACACACACACGAAGGGAUCGAUGCACACACACGUGUUUGUGUGUGUGUGUGUGGGUACCUACCGGUUUGCCGCACUGCGGGCAUGUUGGGUUGGUCUCCUCUAUCGUGUCCAUGUUGUCACACAACACACGCAUCAAACUGAAAGUCAAGACAAGACGAGUCAACAAAGACACAGCACAGGCAGAGAAACUCGUCGCUAAUGGGCUCUCUCUGUCUGUAUGUCUGUCUGUGUGUCUGUGUGUCUCUGCUCGUAUGGUGGGUGGGGAGUGUGUGUGACCUUCUGGUCUCCUCGGAAGUGUCUCUCUUCAGGAACACGUCGGCAAGCUGCCUGAAGCCACGGAGUGUCUGUGUUCUGUCUGUGUGUGGGCGUGGUGUGCGUAUCGGACAGAUAGGUGGGAUGCGCACCCACCUCUUUGCAAUUUCCUCCCACCGCCCUCUGUACUUGGCCAGCAACCCCUCACGAAUGGCAGCCACCUACACACACACUCACACAAUUGCUGUCCAUAUCCACUCGUGUCUUGCAUGUCAUGUGUGUGAUAGGCUGCCUCCCUCCCUGGGUACCAGUUCGACAAUGAAUGGUGAUGUGGACGGCGCGGCGGGGAGGUUCCCCUGGAUAGACAUCUCCUGCACGACACCGACACCAACCAACACACACACACACAUGUACACACAUUGGAUCGGAUCGGAUCGGAUCGCGUCCCUUCCUCCUUCUCUCCCUCUCACUCACUGACUCAGUCACGCACCUCGAGAACUCUUCUGAGGUCGAGGAGUGGGGGGAUCUGGUCGCACACCACCUCGCCCAGGUGCCGACGCAUCUGCAUCCAUCCGUACACACAUACAUACAUACACACAUAUCAUGUGUACGUGGGUGGUGUGAGUGAAUGUGUGGAUGCAUCCAUCUGAGUAUCUCUCUAUGUGGUUGGUUACCUUGAGCAAGUUCUGCUUGCGGAAGUUUGUUAUCUCAUAGCUGGACAGACACAGACAGACAAAGGAAGCUUGAAGGAUGGAUGGACACAUUCCGCCGCUCCCUCCCUCCCUCCCUCCCUCAUUUACUUGGCCAUGCAGUCACGGUCCAUCACAAGAUUGUAGAUCGACAGCAACACCUACACGCGAAGCACGAAACACCAUCCAUCCAUCCAUCCAUGAGACGAUCCAUCCAUAUGGAUGCAUGGAUCGUGUGUCUGCUUUACCUGUCCCUGCACUCUGGGCAUCGUCGAGUCGCCAUCAGCCACUGGCUGCCACACACUACACAGAGAGGUGCACACACACACGAGGAACCCACACAGCACAUGAACAGGCGGAUGGAUGAAUAGCGUGCCCAGCACCGUAGUGCGGUGCACCGCACCUGUUUUCGUAUUUCUCGACCCGGCCUCUGCUGUUUUCUCUCAGCCACGGCUGGGCGUCCAUCAGCGGCACCAAGGACAGCAGCCAAUCUACACAUCAAUCAGAGACACAGGGACACAAAGACACAAAGACAGACACAGAAAUAGAAAGUGGUCGCAUCAGGUCGGCGCGAAUGAAUGGGUCCCUCCCUCCCUCCCUCCCAUCUCAACUCAUCUCAUCUCUGUCAGCUCACUCACCUUGUUGCUCGACGAUUCUCUUGACGACCGGUUUGGGGAGCUCCUGGCUGUACUCUGUGACCGAGUGUGUGAGCGCUAUCGCACCCAUGCACACCUGGAAGGCGCUGUCGGCCUCCUGCCGACACAACACCUGCAGGCAGGGAUAUGCAUCCACACAUCCAGACAGACAGGCAGACAGACCAAUCUCUCAUCUCUGCGGGCCGACCUCUCUGUUCGUCGUGUCGCCAUUGCCGCUGCUGGUGGUGCUGGCGGUUCUGGAGGUGCUGGUGCGAGUAGUGUUGUGUGUGAGUGCGACGGCUGCCUGCAGCCGGCGGUGCAUGUAGUCGACGAGGUCGACGAGGGCGUCUGUGGCGGCCAGUGCGGUGACGGUCUUCUUGUGGAAUACCAUGCACUCCAGCAGGUUGACCAGAAUGGACUCGUGCAGCAGCUGAAAAGAGGGGGAGGGAGGGAGGGACCUAUGUGCCAUUUGUGCCGUGCUGCGUACGGGGAUGUAGUUUUUGAUGGCUGGGAGGUCGACGAAGGAGUCUUGUUUGAGCAGGUGGGGCAGCACGCACUCACGCCAACACUCAAUCACCACCAACUCAUGAACCAACACCUCCAACUACACACACAACACACAUCUAUAGUCCGCCCCCCCUCCCUCCCUCCCUCCCUCUCUCUGCCUCUCUGCCCAUGCGUGUCCAACCUUUUCGUGCGUGAUGAUAAGAUCCACCACGUACUCGUCAUUGGCGUGCUGGGCCUGCAAGUGCGCCAAAGUGUUCAGCCGCUGCACAGUCGUGUGCUGACCCAACCACCUGCACACGCACACAAAUACACAAACAGACAAAUCAGCACAUUCAUGACGCACACACACACCCUGCCGGUGGAUGCAUUUCGCUUCCACAACUCACUCACCUUGGCGUGCCGACAUCCUCUAUGCUGAAGGUCUUGAGGCCCUGGACGAGGUGCUCGGCCUCGAAAGGCGUCAGGUCGCUGCCGCCAGACACCGACGACGUCAACAGUGACUGCAUCCUGUGUAGGGUGGGUCAAGUGUGUCAUGCAGCUCAGACAGAGAGGAGACG